AAUUGACAACAAGGAAAACUUUAUUGGUAGCGGGCCCGGGGCCGGCGGCGCGAUGUCGGUGAACUACGCGGCCGGGCUCUCCCCCUACUCGGACAAGGGCAAGUGCGGCCUCCCCGAGAUUUUUGACCCGCCAGAGGAGCUGGAGAGGAAAGUAUGUGCUUUAGCAGACCUGAUAAGGGGUUCUUCCAAUAUAGUGUUUCACACAGGAGCCGGGAUCAGUACGGCUUCUGGAAUCCCUGACUUCAGGGGGCCCAAUGGCGUAUGGACUAUGGAGGAGCGGGGAUUGUCCCCCAAGUUUGACACUACCUUUGAGAACGCGAGGCCUUCCAAGACCCACAUGGCGCUGCUAGAGCUGCAGAGAGUUGGCAUCCUGAAGUUCCUGGUCAGCCAAAACGUGGAUGGCCUGCAUGUGCGUUCUGGAUUCCCACGGGACAAGCUGGCUGAGCUGCACGGGAACAUGUUUGUGGAGGAAUGUGUGAAAUGCGGCAAGCAGUACGUGCGGGACACCAUCGUGGGAAGCAUGGGCCUCAAGCCGACAGGCAGACUGUGCGAUGCCUCCAAAGCAAGAGGGCUUCGUGCCUGCCGAGGAAAGUUAAUAGACACCAUUUUAGACUGGGAAGAUUCUCUGCCUGAUCGGGACCUCAGUCUAGCAGACGACGCCUGCAGGAAAGCUGACCUGUCAGUCACUCUGGGGACCUCUCUUCAGAUCAAACCCAGUGGCAAUCUCCCCCUGCUCACUAAAAGGAAAGGAGGGAAGCUGGUCAUAGUAAAUUUGCAAGCAACGAAGCACGACCGGCAAGCCGACCUGCGCAUCCACGGCUACGUGGAUGAAGUCAUGACAAAGCUGAUGAAGCAGCUUGGUCUGGAGAUCCCUGAGUGGAUGGGGCCAGCGGUGGUGGAGAGUUCUGAGCUUGUGAAGCCCGAACCAGCCCUAAAACUCGACCCAGACGCUCAGCGCCCAGCCAAGGAAGAGCCCUGCUCCCACCACAAUGGCACGGCAGAGGGGGCUGAUGGGAUAUGCGCGGGGCUUGGCACUGCACGCGAGGAGCGCUGUGACGGUCUGAAACAGGAAUGUCCAGGCUCAGGCCACAGUCCCGUAGCAGCCAAGAGAGUAAGAGUGGAGUCGCUGCUCACCUGAGUUAGACGUCUUUGCUGUUGGUCGUUCGUCUUAGCAGCUAGCCGGGGCCGCUUUUCCUACUGUCCUUUUUAUACCUUGAAAUAUCACCCCCCCCCUUUUGUAAGUAUUAAAUAUACUUCAAUGAUGA